AUGCCUCUUCCAGACAGUGAAAAGGAGGUCCAGGCCUCGAGCGAAGCCGCCGAGAUCUUUGUUAACAACUAUUACGAUGCGCUCAACCGUCGCCAACCGCUCCUUCCCUUCUAUGUCAAUUCAACCACCCGAUACUCCAUCCCAGCCGAUAUAUCCAUCAACGGGGCGCAGGUAGCAACACCUGCCGACUACUACAACCUCCUCGAGGCACAAGGCGCAGGCGUCCACUACGAUGUCGAGUCGUUCGACACCCACGUCCUCAAUCCCUCCUUUCAAUACAACGCCCCGGAGAAUAUUUACGACGGCAACAAAGCCGAAAAGAGUGGUGCCCGCAUGAGUAUCAUCGUGACCGUGAUGGGUAGAGUCCAGUACGGAAAGGGAAAGGAAGCGCCACAAAAGAUGUUCAACGAGACCUUUGUCCUCGUUCCGAAUUGGGAGGCCUUGCAGCGAAAUCCCCCCAGGGGCGUCAAGCGCUGCCUUAUCAUGUCCCAAAACUUCAGGGCCUUAUAA